UUUCGUAUGUAUCGAUGUUGUGUACUACGUGCCGUUGGCUUAUAUAUAAAUACAUGCUAACGAGUAACACAUACUGUUUGAAAUAAAAAUUGAAAAUGUUGACUGUGAUCAUUAAAAGGACUGUUUCUCGAUUAGAUUUACGAAACUUGUAUGUAUCCGUAGCAUGUAAUAAUUAUAUAUUGAGAACGAAAAGAUAUCAAUCCAAAGAAUUAAUAUUGCCGUCUAUAACCUCCAAAGGAAAUAUAAUAUAUAGAAAUUUUUCUCAAAACGAGGAAAAGAAGAAAGAAAAAAAAGAAUUUUUGCCACAACUUAUACCUGGUCCCAUUAUUAUGACAUAUUCUAUUUUUAAUACCUUUAAAAUGCGUUUCCUUCAAUUACUUAUACCUACUUUAACGAAGGAUUCAGAGUUUAAGUUGAGAGAUAUUAUGGAUUCUGCUAGAAAAGCAGCUUCGAUGGUAUCAAUAGCAUUAGCGAAUAAAGAUUAUAAUUCUUUAUACAAUCUUGUAGAUAUUAGCGUAUUACAAAUCUUAAAGUCAAAAGUAGACACAUUAACCGAAGAACAAAGAAAACUUAUUGCUAUGACAGAAGAAAGUAUAUUUUUAUGUUUCCCUUAUAAUCUUAACUUCAUAAUGGAUUCAGAAGAUAAUGUAACUGUAGUAUUGGAAUUGGUUAUACAUUAUGCGCCAGGCAUGGAUCUUAACGAUAUCUUUUCUAAAAGUAAGUUUAUUCAAUUUACGAGAAUUGAACAUAAGUGUGUAAGCAAUUAUACAUUUACACGAGAUUAUAGGCAAGGUAAAGAUACUUAUUGGAUAAUCACACAUCUUAAUCACUGUCAAAUAAAUUAAAGCUAAUGUAAUCGUUUAACAGCUAAAACUAUUAAUAAGAAUAAAAAAGGAAAAAAAAAAUAAAUAAAUAAAUCAUUAAAUGGUAAA